AUGGCUACAACAACAACGACAAUGGAGCCUGAGCUCAAGGAAUACGAUACCAGUACACAUGAUCAUGCCACGCCACCAGUGAAUGGCAAAUACCGUAACUACGGUGGAAAUCCACUGGCUCACAUGAAUACUGGAGAUUCGGCCAGGCUUCCUGCGUUCGGUGGAGAAUUCCAACCAGGUCUUUACAAACCAACUGAGCACCGCAAAUUUGCCAAUCCUGCUCCUCUUGGAUUGUCUGCUUUCGCUCUCACCACCUUCGUUCUGUCCCUCAUCAACAUACAAGUAAGAGAUACUGUUGAACCCAACAUCGCUGUUUCUCUCGCUUUCGGGUAUGGAGGUCUUGUCCAGUUGCUUGCCGGCAUGUGGGAAAUGGCUGUUGGAAAUACUUUUGGUGCUACGGCACUCUCCUCAUAUGGUGGAUUCUGGCUCGCCUAUGCCAUCAUUCUUACUCCCGGCGGAUUCGGUAUCGUAGCUUCGUACGCAACGAAGAAUGCUACUACAGGCGCAGCAACCACGGCCCACGUGAACGAUUUAAACAACGCACUUGGGUUCUUCCUCGCGGGAUGGUUUAUAUUCACCUUCCUAUUGCUCAUAUGUACGCUGAGGUCUACGGUCGCCUUCUUCAUGUUGUUUUUGACCCUCGAUAUCGCCUUCUUGUGUCUUUCCAUUGGUCAUCUCACUGCGGACUCGAAGGGCAAGGUCAAUCUCACUGCCCAGAAAGCUGGUGGAUACUUUGGGUUGUUCGCGGCAUUCUUGGCUUGGUACAACGCUCUUGCAGGUAUUGCAGACUCAUCCAACUCCUUCUUCGUUGUCCCAGUUGCUCACUUCCCAUGGUCUGAGAAGGCCCGGGAAUCCAAGGUGGCGAAAACCGAUCGCCAAACCGUUUGA